AUGGUUCACGGGAAUGACGUUCUUCAUAAGAACCAUUUCAGAAAGAAAUGGCAGGAGAUGGUAAAAACGUGGUUCAAUCAGCCAGCUCGCAAAGAACGCAGGAGAAACGCGCGUAAGCUAAAGGCUCAACGGAUAGCACCUCGACCUGCUUGUGGUCCGUUAAGACCGAUCGUCAACUGUCCGACUUUGAGGUAUAACAUGAAAGUUCGGAUGGGUCGAGGAUUCACACUUCAAGAAGUUCGAGCCGCCGGAUUCACUCCGAAGUUCGCCCGCACAAUAGGCAUCUCUGUGGAUCAUCGUCGGCGCAAUCUCUCAGUUGAAGGGCUGCAACGUAAUGUAGCUCGUCUGCGAGCCUAUAAAUCCCGCCUCAUUUUGUUCCCGAGAAACCCGGCUAAGCUGCAACCUUUGGAUGCGUCGCUGACGGCAGUUACGGAUUGCGAUCGGAGAACCAACAUACGUAGGUUGAAAAUCGUUCCCACAAUGAAGAGUGGACACCGGGACUUUGCAGUCGAUUCUGCUGCCUCACGUGCGAAGUGUUUUUUCAGCGCUGUUCCUUCGGUUGACAAUUGGUAG